AUGAAGAUCCUUGAGGCGCAGUCAGCGACGCUUACCAACUAUGAGGUGUACCUGCAUUUGACCCAGCAGGCUGAACGCUAUGAACGCAGGGAGAGCAGCGAGAAGAGCCGGAAAGGCGGGAAGCAUGGGAGAAAAGACCAUAAAGACCCAAAGGACAGGCGGCCAGGGAACCUUGCAACAAUUGUUAAAGAGCUGCUCGACUACCUCCGGGAAGCCCCGUCGCCGCUUGGAUCUCAGCCUCUUCCAUACAAUGAGCGAACGAUCAAAAAUCUCCUCGCAGGGUUACGGCCAUGGGAUUUCACAAAGGGAGAGAUCAUUAUGAUCUUGAAUCUUCGGCCAACCAAACCAGAGAAUCUAAACACGAUCAUCGAGGAGAUGGAAGAGCGGUUUCCCAGCGAUACGACGCAGGCUGAGAUAUUAAAGGCCAUUACGGAUGUGCUCGGGAGACCAGAUGGAGAAGCAGAGAGACAAGCUAUGACAGACAACGCCAGGGAAGCCAGGAAGGAGCAGUUGGAUCAACAAGCCAAGCAGGACGAGGAAAUGGAAGUGGAUGAGUAA